AUGUAUAGAGUAGAUAGGUUUAACUCACAUUGUGAUGGUCCGCUGGUGCGGCGCUUGUCGCAGGGCAGCGAGUUUGGCCCCGUUGCUGACGAAUGCUGCGAGCCGCGCCCACCGCUCUCUGCUUCCGCGCCGGAGGCAGGAGUCGGUGUGUGCGGCGGGGCAGCUGGCGGGCCGCGUGGCGGCGCGCGAGACCUGAGUCCCGACCGGACUCCCACCAACGAAGUGCCUUCGAUACCCUUACAAUCUGUUUCAAAAGACUUUGUGGAGCGAGCGUUUGCUGGCGCCGUACAUCGGGACUCGGUCAGUUCAGCCAGUACCCCCUCCACACUCGACCGCACCACAAUACACAAUCCGACACCCCUGCAUCAGCUGUCACCAGCUUCGGAGGCGGUCCUGUCACCGGCAGUGGAGGAGACAGUGGAAGAGCCAAGACCAUCGACACCGGAGCGUCUCACGCCACAAGCGGAGAUGCGACUAGCCCUGGACCAGGGGAAGGACAUGCUGGUCGAGCAAGAGAAAUCCUUGGAUGGCGGGUCCGACCGCUGGUCGUUUCGCGCGGCAUGCCAACGGUCCCUAGUGCGACGCGUAGCGAGCGCGGACGCCGUGACUCUAUGCCGCGCGCCGCCGCGCCGCACCGCCCCGCAUACUACUUCGCACAGUUCUGUAUAUGCUUGGAAGGCUCCAGAAAACGAAAUGAAACUUUCGGAGAUGGAGCAACUGGCACGAGCGGAAGUUCUGACGAUGCGUUCGCGGACGCGAUCUCAAUGCCAGAACGGGAAGAUAUUGGGUUUCCUUCGUCGUCGAGCGUCCUCCGAUAGCCCCCGCCGUGAGCCAUUCAUCAUCAACUCCAGGCCUCUAUCACCUCGCAGAACUACUGAAAAGCAUUUGGAGAAAAGAUUUUGGAAACAAGUUACCAGAAGAAGACAAUCAUGUGGUUCCAUCAGCCAAAUAUAA